AUGCAUGCCAAGGAAGACAGCAGAUCCAAAGACAACAGAGUUGGUGGAGCAGCUCCUCAUACAAGCAGGGUUAGUGGAGCAGAAUGGAAAAAGCAUUGCAUACCAAUGGAGUCAGCUUUAACGGGAAGAAGGUACAAAGAAUUGGAAGAGUCGGCGCUGCCACCCUCGCCACCGCAGUUCAGAUCAAGCCAAGGCGCCUCCUCCACCAACGCAUCUCCAGAUCUGGUAGCAACGCCUUCUUUGCAAACGAGGUUUGUCGCUACAUUCGUCAUUUAUCUUUUCUGCUCUGGCAUUGCCGAUCUCUCACCUUCACAACACCAUACCUCCGCCGCUUGCACCGCCACCGGUUGCACCGCCGGAUUUUGGUGUUGUUGUCGCCGUCACUCAGCUUGCUCUCCAUGGCCGCCAUGUGAAGUAGGCUCUGACGAGACAACACCAGCAGCAUCACGCACGUCUUUCUCCUUCGGUAGCAGCGGCGAUGACAUUGGUUUCAAGACUCAUCUUUCUUCGAUUAAUGUACUUAAAUCAGGAAGGUUUUUCAAUGCUACCUCUUCUGCCCAGGUUGAUGUUGAAGAGAAAUGUUCAGGAGCAACACCAAAAUUGGUUCUUCAAUUGAUGAAUAUCAAAGGUUUAAGUAUUGCUCAUGUCAAGAGUCAUUUACAGAUGUAUAGGAGCAAGAAGGUAGAGGACACAAAUCAUCAAGUAGUAAUGGCUAAUCAUCAUAGGCUUCUAAUAGAAAUUGGAGAGAGAAAUAAUAUUUAUAAUCUCAGCCAGCUUUCCAUGCUUCAAAAUUAUAGGUAUACACACAUUAGCUUCACCACAUUAAUUAAUUUAAUUAAUUCAAAUUCCCUCAAAUAUUUUUUUAUUAUUUCUCAUAAUCAUUGUAAAUAAUUACCUUACAAAUGUAUAACUGUUUUCUUAUAUAAGUAAAUAGAUUUAUAGAGUUGGC